UCCUCCGCCGCCGCCUCCUCCUCCGCCGCCGCCUCCUCCUCCGCCGCCGCCUCCUCCUCCUCCGCCGCCGCCUCCUCCUCCGCCGCCGCCUCCUCCUCCGCCGCCGCCUCCUCCUCCGCCGCCGCCUCCUCCUCCGCCGCCGCCUCCUCCUCCGCCGCCGCCUCCUCCUCCGCCGCCGCCUCCUCCUCCGCCGCCGCCUCCUCCUCCGCCGCCGCCUCCUCCUCCGCCGCCGCCUCCUCCUCCGCCGCCGCCUCCUCCUCCGCCGCCGCCUCCUCCUCCGCCGCCGCCUCCUCCUCCGCCGCCGCCUCCUCCUCCGCCGCCGCCUCCUCCUCCGCCGCCGCCUCCUCCUCCGCCGCCGCCUCCUCCUCCGCCGCCGCCUCCUCCUCCGCCGCCGCCUCCUCCUCCGCCGCCGCCUCCUCCUCCGCCGCCGCCUCCUCCUCCGCCGCCGCCUCCUCCUCCGCCGCCGCCGCCUCCUCCGCCGCCGCCGCCUCCUCCGCCGCCUCCUCCUCCGCCGCCGCCGCCGCCUCCUCCUCCUCCUCCGCCGCCGCCUCCUCCUCCUCCUCCGCCGCCGCCUCCUCCUCCGCCGCCGCCUCCUCCUCCUCCGCCGCCGCCUCCUCCUCCGCCGCCGCCUCCUCCUCCGCCGCCGCCUCCUCCUCCUCCUCCGCCGCCGCCUCCUCCUCCGCCGCCGCCUCCUCCUCCGCCGCCGCCUCCUCCUCCGCCGCCGCCUCCUCCUCCGCCGCCGCCUCCUCCUCCGCCGCCGCCUCCUCCUCCGCCGCCGCCUCCUCCUCCGCCGCCGCCUCCUCCUCCGCCGCCGCCUCCUCCUCCGCCGCCGCCUCCUCCUCCGCCGCCGCCUCCUCCUCCGCCGCCGCCUCCUCCUCCUCCGCCGCCUCCUCCUCCUCCGCCGCCUCCUCCUCCUCCUCCUCCGCCGCCUCCUCCUCCUCCUCCUCCGGAUCUAAAAUGAAACGUCUUCAGUUGCCACUUACAGCUCAUGUCAAAUGCAAGCAGUACUGUAAAGAUGAGAAGAGAGUGGCCGAGGAAGAACUGAGGAAACAACACCAGGAAGAAGAAAAAUUAUCACAAGCAACUGUGAAGAGAACAGAUGUUACACCUCGUGCUGGCCCACCAUCCUCUUCAUCUAGAGCAAGCCUAUUUGCCAGGCUACCACCUUUGAAGAAAGGAGCAUUGCCAGAAACAGACGAAACGAAGAUGCUCAGUACCACAGAAUUACAUAGGCUGGUGCUGCUGUAG